AGGACCCAAGAUGGCGGAAGUUAUUCGUUGUCAGAAUAUAAUAUGAGAAAUAAAAACAUCUACAACAUGAUUUUUCAAGUGGUUCAAAGUACUAUGAAUAUGUUAUAGUACAACUGAACAUUUUAUUUUUACAAGUAACAAAAGCAGGUUUAUAUAUUUCCAAUAAUUGUUAAAGAACAUUAAAUAUUCUAAGUGAAAUUCUCUUGAACUUCUCAUUUUAAAAAAAAUGAUCGACAGUUUCUAAUCUAGUUCUAGCCUAAUUUUCAUUUUUUAUCGUUGAUACUGAUUGACAACAGGACGUUAAUCCCAUUUUUAUUAUUUUCAUUUUCUUUACUUUCAUAAAGGCAAAGAUAAAUACUUUUUCCUUUGUUUUUUCCUAACUUGAAAAGUCAAGAGGACCACUAACCUUUGUUGAGUUUGAGUUGAGUCAUUCCUUCAAGAAUCAAAUUAAAAUAGAGACACAGCUCACAAAGUUAAUCCUAUUAUUAUGACUAUGGUGCAAUAUUAUUUCACUAUAAUGAUGUAGUACUCCUAACUGUUCUAGUAGGCUAUUCUGAUCAUCAGAUGCAAUGUCAUUGAAUUGAUCAUAUUAUCUAAUUUAAUAAUAGGCUUACUUAAUUAGAACGAAGUGUCUACACGUCCGGCGCGCCGGACACAUAGUGCUGGAGAUAUACGUCCCACGGGCAUGUCACCUGACUGCCGGACGACUGGUAGGCGUUAUUAUUGCGGCAGGUCAUGCGGCAAGUGGUCGCCGGCAAAAAAGUAGCAUUGCAUUUGAUAUUCCGAUCCCUAGAUAAUAAAUAAAUACUGAACAUGUUAAUAUAUUCAUAUGCACUGAGAUGCAUAAAGUGUUUGACUUUGAAUAUUAAACUAGUCGGCCUAUAUACUAACAAUUCAUAACCCUCAUUAUUAUUUUAGCAUUCGUAUUUUUUAUUUUUUUUUAUUACCGUAAUUCUCUCUCCCUCUCAGCAUUGCUUCCUUCUACUUCUAGAAUGCAUUAUUGCUUAACCCCCAUUUUGUUUUGGUAAUAUACCCAAGUAUUUUUUCUUUCUAAUAUUUGUUUGCAAGAUACUCAGUACAUUACUUGGUAGACAAAUAGAUAUUAAAAUUAACAAUAGUUUUGAAUCAUUCGCGGUCAUGUGACAAGGCUGACGGACAAAUAUAUAGCGCGGCUUUGUUACGGUGGUCAUGUGACUUGGUCACAGGACGAAUAUCUCGAUAAAGUAUUCUUCCGGCGUUCAUGUGACUUAGUCCCCGGACAAAUAGUGCGCGAGAUAUAUGUCCGGCGCGCCAUACGUGUAGACACUGCCUAAGUAGAAUAAGUAGGUUACCAUACCUCCUGAUUUGACUGGUAUCGACUAUGGCCAUGAUUUAGAGGCCUUGUCACAGUCAUUUGAAUGUCUGGCCCAGUUUCCAGCUGGGUCAAAAUUAAUUUGCUCUGUCUUUAUUAGUCUCAGUCAUACAGUUACAUUGUUGAUGCAAGAAAUAGGUAUCAAAUUUUGUAGGCCUAUUUAAUUUAAUAUUAAUGUAAAUAAAUAAGCUAAAAUUAUUUAUGUUAAGUUCGACUGAUUUUGGGUUAGCGGUAAUGCUAGUGAUGUUUUCCAUAGUAAAUAGGUCAUUGAGGUUCCCCCAAGGCAUUUUUUUUCAACAGCUCAGCAUUCAAAAUAUUUUUAUCUUUGUGUUAACUUGAUGAUUGCUUUUUGCUUUUGUUGUCUCAUUUUUCUAUUUUUUUUUAAAGUUGGGGGAGGGGUUCUGAUGAGGUAGGCAUCUCUCCUCCCAAGAAGAUUAUUUUCUUCCUUAUUUUUGUAUUGAAAGUCGCUCCCCUCCCCUGAAAAUUAUGGUGAAAUUUUGAAAUGAUAAAGUAAUGAAAGCAUGCAGGUACUUUGAUUUUCGACUUAUCAAAAUGCAACACUUUUAGCGCACAUUCUUUUUUUUUUUUUUAACUUGAGGUAUCAGCAAGGAUAUGUUUCUUUUUUCAUUUCUUUUGAAACUUGUAAGUUGAAUAUUAAUAAAAAUGAAUGGAAAAUUUUAUUUUAAUAUACUUCAUAAAAACCGCAUCGAUUGUCAAAUUUAGUUUAUGACACGAGUAAUGCUCAGUGAAGAAUUAGAGAUUUAUUACACACAUUGUUCAGGUCCAACAAUUGGUCUUUUCACUCUUAGUCUUAGUCGAAUGUGAGGAUUCCCCAAAGUGACAGCACUGUGCUUAGGGUGAGACAACUCUUGGCAAAACCCACACUGUUAACCAAAAAUGUACUAUUAAGUUCUAAUCUUGUUUUAUGCAAGGGUAGUUUAUUUUUAAAUAAAUAAAUCCACAUUGAAAAUUUGAUGUCUCUGUAUAUUCAAAUAUGAGGCACCGGCCAAUAUUCCACUUGCAACAUUGAUUCCCCCCACCCGAUUAUUUUACAUGAUAGCAGCAAUAUGAUAGAAAUUACAGUCAGUUAUCUUCUAAUGCUGCAAUAAUGACUUUCCCAUUACUAAGCUGCUCAGAGAUUUUGGAAAAAAAAUGGUUGUUUACCCUUAUCCUUGGCUUAUAAAUGUUCAAUAAUUUAUUUCAAAGACAAAAAAUCGACUGUGCAAUUAUGUUUAAAUACUUCAAAUAUUAGGCUACGGAAAUCCAAUUAUCAUUUGUACAUCUUGAAUUGCUUUUAAAUGCUCAAAAUCUGAAAGUAAAAUUAACAUUAAAGGAAUGAAGUAAAAAAAAAUAUUUAUCCGCAAAUUUAUAAAUGUCAGCCUAUAAUUAUUUAAUGAAAAUUGUAGAUAGCCAAAAUCUUAAACUGAAUUAUACACAUAACUUUUAACUAGUAAUUCUAUUAUAGUUAAAUUUAAGCCCUUAUUCACAAAUAUCCUAGAUAGUUUCCAAAAAUUGAAGUAUUAUUUGAAUAUAAAAAUAGAUAUUUAAAAAGAAACCUCAUAUUCAUAAAUGCUACUUGGAAGUAUUGAUGGAAAGAAAUUGCAGGCUGCACUAUUUUACAUUAAAUAUUUUCUGAUCACAAAAAGAACAACUAUAAAACAGAAACCGAUAACAUUGGCUUAAAAGAAACUUUGUAUAUGAUAGAAUGCCAUUCAGAAUUCAAAACAAGUGAUUUAUGAAAAGCUUCAGCCUGUCUGAUAUAGAUGUAAAGUAUUUAAAAUGCAUAGGCCUAGGUAAACAAGACAGGAUAACAAUUUGUAAUUCUGAAAAUAAAAUUAAAAUAUAAUGAAAAGCAUAUCAACCCAUUGCCCUUACAUAAAAAACAAAGCUGCUCUAUGCUGAUUCAUCACAGCAAAUGUAUUUAUAGAAAAUUAUUAUUUUAGUGAUAAAUAAGUGAAAAAAGUAGUCACAAUGCACAAGUUUAUAAAAUAGCAGCAGCAUUAUGCAUCUAGUAUUUUGAGCACUUGAAUGACUUUUUUUUAUCUCCACAAUUUAAAUGACUAAUGGAUAUUGCCAAUACUUUUUAUUUAAUACUUGGGAUAUUAGCAAUUUUUUAAAAUUAUAAAUCUAGGCAAACCUUCGUAGGUACUUGUAAUUAACUAAUUAUAAGAGUGUUGGACAAUGAUAAAGCUUAAAAGUAGAUAAACUAGACACAAACAAUUUUUGUCGAUAAACAAUAUAUGUUCAGCUUUAAUGAUGAUUUUACAAAUACAAAUGUGAACGUUUGGUACGUUGACUUCAUACGGUAUAACUGAAAUCCACAAUUUUACGUCGCUGCCAUGUCUUUUUCCUGUUUGGUUUUUACAUUUUACUACCACUCACUUUCUUUCCGUUCUUCUUAACUUUGUUUUUGUCUGGGUAGGCUACACUCUUAUUUUUUUUCUAUAUUUUAGGUAGGAUACGUGUAAAUAUAUAUUAUGUAAAUUUAAUUUAUACCUAUUUAAAUGUUUUGUUUUUUGUACUGAUGAAGGCAUUUGCGGUAACGUUAAAAUUAGUAUUGUCUAAAAUCAUCAUUAUACCUGAACUUAUAUUAUUUUAUUUACACAUAUAGUUUGUGUCUAAUUCUUCUAUAUACUUGCAAGCUGUGUGGAUUCUAUUUCAUGCAGUUUUGGAAAUAAUAUUUAAUUUUUUUUUUUUAAGUCUGGUAUUAUCUUUUCACUUGCUUUAUCUUAAUGUGAUAAUUAUGUGUGCAAUGAUUGUGAAAAAAAAAUAUGGACACAAGGUUUUGGUGCAAUUUCAUUUUAAAGACUUGAAAGAAGUGAUAUUAAUUUUAGCUAAUUACAGCCAACUAAACUUUAUGAUCAGGGGUCUCAAACUCAAAUCAUCUGGGGGCCCCAGGAGGUAGAGUCUGAGUGAGACUGGGCCGCAUCAAGUAUUCCACAAAAAAGUGAUUACAAAUGCCAUUAAGUACAACUGUUACAAUCUGCUCAACCUUUAUUAAUAACAAAAAAAAACAUUAAGGGUUCUCAAGAUCUAGGCUUCACUUUCUACUCCUUGUUACCUGGCAGCGCUUCUUCUUACACAGUUGAGCAACAUUUGGCUUGAGAGAGAAAGCAACUGAGACCCUCAUCAGUAAGUUUGGCCCUGAACUUUGGCUUGUUAAAGUUAAUAGUGGAAAAGAGCUUUUUCACACAGAUAGGUACUCCCAAAAAAGGCACAUAACCCACUCAAACAACCUGGAAAUCUCAGGCCUGGUGUAGGGCAAAGCUCUCAUAAAUUGUCCAUUCUGGUCUGUUUUUCCAUUCCCCUCCCUGAAUUUAGAAUUGUAAUGAAGAUCAAUCAGCUCCAUUUGAGGUGGAAAAAAGGGGAGGGGGGGAGCGCCUGCAUCUUCCACAUUAAAGGAGAAAAGUUGAAAAGUGGCUGUGUGUUUUGAAGUCUAAAAAUAUGUGAACAAAUUCUUCUUGUAGCUUUGCAAUAGCAUCAGUAUGAGUACUUUGCAUAUUGGGAAAUGGCAGAGGUUUCUCUAAAAACCAUAACACAAGUUUUGUGCAGAAUGCUUUGAUUUUUUUUUAUUGUAGAAAUGGCUUUUUGACUAACCUUUGAAAGUGACCAAGUUGACAGGCUCGGAAUUUCCCUCACUCGUAAACACUUUCGGCAAUUUUAAUAGCUAUUCUUUGAUACUGUGUCAGAUUGAUACGAUUUUACAAAUUAUGGAUGUGCAUUGCCCAUUAACUGAAUUUUUAAACUUUUCUCAAAACUACACUUUGGUUAGGAAUGUCUCAUAAAAUGCUAUAAAAUAAAAACUUUGGUCCUAUUUUAAAACGGUUUUUACCAUUAUAAUCAAAUUCCAAAUGUAUACAAAUAUAAUAAAAAAUCAGAAUUAGACUAUUCUGUGAGAUUCUACUGAAACCAUCGCAGAGGGUCACAUUAUAGAUAUGAGAAUGGUGAAAACCUGUGGGCCGCAUUGACACUAAACUUUGCUGUCAUGUAGCGGGCAACAAAAUAUCGUCUUGCAGGCCGCAAAUGGCCGGCGGGCCAUGAGUUUGAGACCCCUGGUAUAGAUGGACAUUGGUUUGUUGUAACACAAAAUGUCAAAUGAGCUCAGAAUAACUUAAUACCUAAUCCCUUAAUAUUAAAAAAAAAUCAUAAUUUUUUUUAAACAUUUUUUUCUUAAUUGUAAAUAUUAAACUUAGUAAUAGUAUGUCUUUUAUUUUCCCUUAUUUCUAAGUCAAAACAUCAAUAAGAUUGUGAAAGAAAUCACCUCUGCUAUCUGUGAAACUAAUUAAAUUUACAUUUAUUGAGCCAAAAGAAAUGAUGUCUGGUCAGCAGGUAUGUGAAUAUUAGGUUAUCUUUUUAAAAAAUCAAACUCAAUUAAAUGAUAAAUAAAUUCCAUAUAAAGAAUUCAAAGUUUGAUGAAAGACUAUUGGUUUUCUAAACAAUUUAUGAAAAAAAAGAAUAAUAUCAUAUUAUCAAUUUUCUUUAGCAUCAUUAUUAUGUAUAUCAGUUUCUGAAUUAUUCAUAUUCUUAUCCUGUAACCCCACUUUUAGGUCAUUGUGGCAUAAAAAAAACAUGAGGUAGUUUCACUAUUUAUUUAAAUUUGUAUCAGAAGUUUGCAAAGUUUUUCACUUGUAAAUCCUCAUAGUUGUCCAUCUGAUUAGUUCUCCCACAACAAUACUUUCUUUAAAAUUAAUAUCUUUUUAAAAAGGACAUUGAAAUCUUACGAUAAGACCCUGCCAAGGCAACUAGUUAAAUGAAAAUAUAAAUCAUACAACACAUAAUAAAAAUUAUUAUUUAAAACAUUGUCAGGGAGAGUGGUUCUAGAAAUAUUUCAUACUUCCACAAAGUCAAUUAUAUGUCUGUAAAGCAAUGACUCAGAAGCAUGUCUGGCUAAUCUUAAAUUAAUAUUUAUUUGACCUGUGAAUAAUGUUAUAAUUAUAACAACAGUUCUUGGUGGAUAAAGAGUCUCAGCACAGCUCAAACCUGCUUAUAAGUUGUGUCUGUUCAUUGUAAUGAACAAUUUAUAUGAAUAUAAUAUAAAGAUUAUAAAAUAGAUAAAUACAUUUUAUAGGUUAAUUUAAAUUACAAAAUGACAUCAAGGGAAUAGAAAAUAGACAAUUUUGUUUUUUCAUCAAAUUAAUAUGUGUUUAUUUGAGACUUGACAAAAAAGGUGCUAAAACCUUAAAUAAAUCAUUUGCAUUUAUCAUUUUACCAAACGACUGUUGUACUUUCAUGUUAUACUGUCUGUGCUUAAGACAUGUGAUCACUAUUCAACCAGCAACCUUAUUUUCUGUGGUUACCAGCAAUAUAAAUACAUUUUAAAAUAAUUUUUUUUCAGUUAUAUUCUGCAAUUACAAUAAUAUUUAAAAAGUAAUUCACCUUAUUUUAUCAUUCUUCUGUAACAUUUUAAAAAGGGAAAUUGGAAAAAUGUAAUUGUUAUAUAAGACAAAAGACAUUCCUAGGGACCAAAUAUCAGUUUUUUUAAAUCUGUCUAGAACAAAAUUAUUGGAAUUUUGACCAAACAAAUUAUUAGUUGGAUUCCUGUAUUAAAGUUAAAAGUGCUUCAUUUAUGGGCAACCUGUAAUUUUUAAAAAUAUUAUUUUUUUAAGUAGAGUAUUUGAUUUUAUGUGCUAUGGUCAAAGGAGUCAUACCUAAAUUAAAAUCCUGGUUUACAGAUAAUGAUGACCCACAGUUCAGAGGAUCUCAGAGUUAAGCACCAGCCUGGGAUGAGAAGUACUAACAGAGAUGUUCAUGUAAGUGGAAUAAAAUAUAUAAUAUACUCCAAUGAUGAGAUUUAUGAAGUUGUAGAUAUCAGACAUUUGAUUGGCCUAUUGUAUUUAUUUAUUAAUGGCUUGAAAUUUACAUUAUUGUAAUUUUGACUUAAUUGUUCCAGUUUUAUUCUUAAAAAAUACUUUUUUUUUCUUCUGAAGAUUGUAUUUUAAAGGGUUUUGAUGUCUUUCAAUUUUCUUUAUUAUAGGUUUAAUUUCAACUGGCAACAAAAUUAAUUGUAUAAAUCAGGGGUCACCAAACUCUUUUCACAGUGGGCCGGAUAAUUGACAAAUGAAGUGCGCAGGUCGCAUAAUCAUUUUGUAUAGUACUUGCAAGCCAUAACAAAAGCUCUGGGGAAAAAGAUGAAAAAACUAAGUUUAGUAUUCCAUGUUAACCAUGGGUGAGUGGCGUGCAAUGCACAAAAAGCAAAGACAACAAAGAAGAUGGCUGAAGCAAAAAAGAUAGUUACAUCAGGCCUAAUGCACACAUGUAUGAAUCUUACAAACUAAGCAGCAAAUAAGGUUUGUGAGAUUUUUUUUAACUGACCUUUGGCUUUCAAGAAAUCAUCAAUGUUUGGUUUGGAUUUCUGCAUCCAAUCAAGUGAAUUGCUUUUAAAUGUUCAUCAGUCAAUCUUGUAUGAAGUGUCGACUUCACAAUCUUCAUUUUGGAAAGUUUUUGGCCACAGACAUAAUGUGUUUCAAACACUGAUGCCAUACCAGCAGCAAAUUUCUUCAGUUCUGGAAACUCAGUGGUAAAAUGAAACAAGUUUUCCUUCCCUGCGCUUCUUUUUCAAUGAGACAAUUGCCUGCAAAUCAAUGAGCUCCAACUGAGGUUCAAUGUUACAAUCAAACGCAUGCUGGAACAGAAGAAAUUCACUCUCAAUUCUGUAAAAAUCUGAAAAUCAAUUAAGCAAACAUUACAAAAAAAACAAGACAAUGUGGAUACAAUAAUUAAAAUGGUAAACUUAAUAAUUGUGUUACAACGUCUCAUGUUCAAAGCAUUUAUCAAGCAAUUUCAAGUACCAUCAGCGAGCCUGGUGAACUGGCGUCGUAGGCUGGAUCCAGCCCCUGGCUGUAGUUUGGUGACCCCUGGUAUAAAUAGAUAAUUUAUUUCAAUCAAAAAGAUCUGCCUGUAACCUCGAUUUACAUAUUUUAUAUUUAAAACUAAAUCAUUCUCUAAUUAAAAUUCAUUUGAAAAACUUUUCGAUUAUAUUUUGUUAUAUUUAGGGCCGGCUGAGCAUUGACCCAGAGAUUCGUUUCACAAAACUUGAGAAAAUUGGAAAAGGCUCAUUUGGUGAAGUAUUCAAAGGUAUCGACACUGAGACUAAAGAGGUGCUAGCAAUAAAAAUCAUAGAUCUGGAAGAGGCUGAAGAUGAAAUUGAAGACAUUCAACAAGAAAUAAUGGUUUUAUCUCAAUGUGACAGUCCUUACGUCACAAAAUAUUAUGGAUCAUAUCUGAAGGUAAGUUUUAUUAUUUGUUUUAUAAUAACUUGUAUUGAAACUGAAUGCUAAUAUAAAUAUUGAUGUCAAAUGUAGCAGAACUUUUUUUUUGGACCUGUUAUUUUUUUAAUGUGCAGAAUUUUUACUCUCUUUUUUUUUAAAGUGGCUAAUUAACACUGCCAUGUUUAUCGAUCUCACCUCAGCAUUUUAUUAAAAAGGUAUUUAAUUCUUAUACAUUGCUAAAGAUAUGAUUCAUGCUGUAUAACUCAUAUGAUAAGCUAACUCUUAAUGACUAUAUCUUAUUUGGAAGAAAUCUUUAUGUUUCCAACCAAUAAGAAAAUAAGUUAAAAUAAGAUGUUCAGUAACUUUAAAAAGUUAGACUGGGUAUCUUUUCUAUUUCAUCUAAACAGUAAAUGUGUGUAACAACGGGCGUAUGACCACACAAUUUUGUGAUUAGUUGCUAAUGGCAGUACACAUUCAGUUCAAGCUCUAAACUCUGAAUAAUUUAACAUUUCUUACAAGAACAAUGUUAUAAUUUAUUUUAUUUCCAGGGCUCAAAAUUAUGGAUCAUCAUGGAAUAUCUGGGUGGAGGAUCUGCCCUGGACUUAAUGAAGGCAGGGAUUUUUACAGAAAAUGACAUAGCCAUUAUCCUAAGGGAGAUAUUGAAAGGACUUGACUACUUGCAUUCUGAAAGAAAGCUGCACAGAGACAUCAAAGGUUUGUUAUUGGCCCAGAAUCGAAUUGCAAAAAUGACAAAAGGUCGUUUAAACUGCCCAAUAAUAAAAGUCUUGAGAUCGACUGGCUGGUCUUUGUACCAGCUAAUCAAAGUACUUCUCGCAUUUCUUGCCCAUCUCUCUAUUUUAAUGGCACACGGAUAGUUUUUCUUGAUCAAACUUGGAAUACAUAUUUAUUUAAAAGACUUCAUUACCCAGAAGGAAAUGCUGACAAUCUAGAUUUAACUCUGUAAAAAUGCAUUUGAAAAUCUAUAUUACAAAAUAUUCACGAGGGACACUAAUUUUCAUUUUCUUUGCAUAGGCUAUAUCUCUUGCAUUUUUUCAACUGAUUUUAAGGGAACAAUUCUAAAUUAAGGUUUCAAUCUAUAUAUAUAAAAAUGAAUGUUUGUAUGUCUGUAUGUCUCGUAUGCGCUCCUACACCAUUCAUGCGAUUGCGACAAAACUUUGGUCAGUUGUUGUCCAAAUAAAUGGCCAUUUAAUUGAGUCAUUAAAAACCUUAUAAAGUGUUCCGUUCCUAGCCGUUGGCCCUUAAUUCGUUUUUUUUCUUCUGUGAGCUUUGUAAAAAAUAUUUUCCACAUGCGCUCCUACGCCAUUUAUCCGAUUCCGACAAAACUUUGGUGAGAUGUUGCGAGCAUGUCCAUAAAGGUUUCUAAUUUAUUACAACCGUUUUAAAAUAUUCAGUUUUGAGCCAGGGGCCUUUUAUUCGUUUUUCCUUAUAUGAGCUAUAUAAAUAUAUUUUCAAACCGUAUGCACUCCUACACCAAUCAUGCGAUUGCUACAAAACUAAGUGAGUUGUUGUCCAUGCACCAGUGCAUUUUACUGUGUUAUUUAAACACUUUUAAAAAUAUUCCGUUUUCGGCCGUUGGCCCUUAAUUCGUAUUUUUUCUUAUAUGAGCUUUGUAAAAAAUAAUUUUCAAAUGCGCUCCUACGCCAUUUAUCUGAUUCCGAUAAAACUUUGAUGAGAUGUUGCAAGCAUGUCCAUAAAGGUUUCUAAUAUAUUACAACCGUUUUAAAAUAUUCAGUUUUGAGCCAGGGGCCUUAUAUUCGUUUUUCCAUAAUUUUCCAUACGAGCUUUAUAAAUAUAAUUUCAAAACUUAUGCGCUCCUGCACCAUUCAUGCGAUUGCGACAAAACUUUGAUGAGUUGUUAUCUAUAAACAUACCCAUUUUACUCAUUCAUUACAACACUUUUAAAAUAUUCCGUUUUCGGCCGUUGACCCAAAUUCAUAUUUUUUCUUAUAUGAGCUUUGUAAAAAAUAAUUUUCUAUGCACUCCUAUACCAUUUUUCAGAAUGCGAUAAAAAUUUAGUGAGAUGUUGUUCUAUUGCCCACAAAGGUUCUUAACUUACUACAACCAUUUUAAAAUAUUCAGUGUUGAGCCAGGGGCCCUAUGUUUGUUUCUUAAAAAAAUGAGCUAUAUAAAUAUAAUUUCAAACCGUAUGCGCUCCUUCAUCAUUCAAGCGCUUGCGAUAAAACUGAGGUGAGUUGUUGUCCAUAAGCCAGAGCAUUUUUCUAAGCCAUUAUAACCCUUCUAAAAUAUUCCGUUUUUUUGGCAAUUGGCCCCAAAUUCGUGUUUUUUUCCUUAUAUUAGGAGCUUUAUAAAAAUAAUUUCCGUAUGCGCUCUUCUACACUAUUAGAAUGCGAUAAAAUUUUAGAGAGAUGUUGUGCGCACGCCUGCAAAGGUUUCUUAAAUGAUUACAACCAUUUUAAAAUACUCCGUUUUUAGUCAGGGGUCCUAUGUUCGUUUUUUCUAUAUAAGCUAUACAACUAUAAUUUCAAACAGAGCUAAUGCAUGGAUGGAUAGCUUUUUAAUCAAAUACAAAUAGUGAUAUUAAAUUGAGUGUGUGACAUAUUAAGUAGGUUUCUGAAGUAAUACAACAAUUCUACAAUAUUCCAUUUGUGGCGGAGGGCCCUAAAUUCGUUUUCCACACUUCUAUUAUCUAUAUAAUUAGCGUAUGCAUUUCUAUACCAUUCAUUCCAUUGUGAUAAAAAUGGGUCAAGUGAAAUGCGCACUACUGAAAAUGUUUCUAAAUUAGAAAAAACAUUUUACAAUAUUCCGUUUGGGCCAGUGACCCUAAUUUCAUAUUUUCUUCUAAGAGCUUUGUAACUAUAAUUUCAAACAGAGCUAUUGCAUGUGUGGAAGUAGCUGAAUCCGCCGGCAAAUUUUUCAAAUUUAGUACAUCCAUUGUACAAUAUUCCAAUUAGGGCUGGGGACCCUAAAUUCAAUUUAUUUUCUUAAAUGAGCUUCAUCAAUAUAAUUUAUAACGGAGAUAUCAACACUACCGACCUUGAACAAAUUACACAUUUGUAGUAAAGCAGAGAAAACGCGUUUUUACAUUUUUAGUGUAGAGAGUGUUUUGUUAUUUGUAUAAAUAAGCUUGAAUUUUGUGACGCAUUUUAGAAUCGGAUAUGACAUCGCAAUCGCAUGUUUUUUUUUCUACUAAGAGUAUUUCUUGAAUAGAGUCUUAUAAUUUCGGAGUUGUUUUGUGUUAUGUAAAUACAUUUUACAUGAAUCGAUGGUUUCUCAAGUAAUUAAAUAACACACUUGAAAACGUAGGUAUUGAACUAUGGUCAUUUUUUACCGCUGGAAUUUACGAUUUAUAAAUUAAUGAGAAACUAUACAACAGGAAAUCUCCUGCAAACAAUGAACGUAUAUUGUGCGAGGUUUUCAUGUAAAAAGAUGGGAGAUCCUAACGUGUGAAAAUUAUGAACGUUAGGAAUAUUGUAAAUUAAUUGAAUCAAAUACAAACAGCGAUAUUUCCUUUUGUUUGUGACCUAACAAGUUGUGUUAAUUGUGAAAUACCAUUGCUAAUAACAGAUGUCGCAAAGCAAUAAUUUCGCUGUCAAAUCAAUUAUGCCACACAAACAAAAAGUUUUGGGUCAAUCUAAACCUCAAGCACGAAAGGAAAAGUAGUCCCGAUCUUUCGAAACAGCUGAGCAACGGAAAGCAAGACUAGAAUCUACUUGAGUACGCAAUGCUCAAUACCGUUCACCUGAAACAGUCGAGCAACAGAAACCAAGAAUCAAAACCGGCCGAGUAAGCAAUGCUGAAACCCGUUUGUCUGAAUCAUUCGAGCAGCGAGAAACAAGACUGGAUUUCGAUAGAGUACGCACUGCUCGAUCCAGACGAACACUGCACGCUGAAUUAAAUCUUAGUACAUUCAAUUACGAUGCUAAUUAUGAUUACAGUCUUAAUCCAAGUGUGGUUAUUGGAAAAAAUAGAUCAAUUAUGCGUGUAUUGCAGCGCCCUCAAAUUUAAAAACGAAACACCAGGAAUUUCCUGCGCGGAUGGGAAAAUGAAAUUGCCAGAAUUACAUUCACCAUCGGAACCAUUAUCAACGUUGGAAUCAGGUGAAACAAGCCAAUCGAAACAUUUCUUGGCAAACAUACGCAAGUGCAAUUCAUGUUUCCAAAUGACAUCGUUGGGUGCAACAAAUAUCGUGCGCGAGAAUUACAUGCCAACAUUUUAAGUAAAGUGCAAGGCCAAAUUUACCAUCUUGUUGGAUCUCUAAUGCCAAUGCCAAACACAGAUCACAAAUUUCUUCAAAUGAUUUCAUGGGGAAUACUGAUGAAUAAAUCGAUCAACGUUGUCAUAUCCAAACGGGCACUAAACGAGAAAUCGUCGCUGCAAUGCAAACGUUAUUUUUGCAACAUAACGAAUAAAUUUAAAUGUAUAGAAUUGCACUUGAAAAGAUGCCGACCGAUGAAUACAAAGUCAUACCGGUAGUUAGAGCAGACUAAACACCUGUCGGCCAACAUGAAAGACAAUACAAUGCACCAACAAUUGAUGAAGUGGCGAUCAUUACAGUUGGCAAAGAAUUUAACUCACGUGAUAUAAUUCUUCAUCGCAGAAGUGGGGAUGUUCAGCGAGUCUCAGCAACUCAUCGCUCAUACGUUUGAUUGCAAUAUCCUAUUUUAUUUUGGCAAGGAGAAGAUGGAUAUCAUUUUGACAUCAAAUUGAGAAAUUCGAAUAAGAAAGUCAGUGCCAUGAAAUACUAUUCAUAUCGAUUGAUGAUUCAUGAGUUGGGAAUGACCUCUCGGAAUACUCAAAUGAAUCUUCCGAAAUUGGUUCCAUUGAAGUUACUAUUUUAAAUGGAAAAUUUAAACUAGGUGAUGUACUUUUGCCAUUCACCCCAAUGAUUCCAACAGAUAUGCCAUUUGAAUUCAAACGCCUACAGUUUCCGAUGCGACACGCGUCUACAAUGACUAUCUACAAAGCACAGGGACAAUCGCUACAAGUUUGCGGACUAAAUUUGGAAAACCCAUGCUUCGGCCAUGGACAGAUGUAUGUGGCCUGCUCUCGCGUCGGAAAAUCUUCUGAUUUAUUCGUGUAUAUACCAGAUGGAAAAACAAGAAAAACUUUGAGUAUUUAAAAGCACUUGAAGAAAAUAAUUAACAUGCAAACACUUUCUUUCUUUGAGUGGCAUUGCAACGCAUGCCGGGUACUCGCUAGUAUUAUAUAAAUGUGUUUUUUCUGUUUCUUAUGUUUCUGUAAGUAAGUCUCUAAUUUUCCUCAAAAUUGUUUGAAUUAGAUUUAAGGGUAUUUUUGAUUUUCCAAAUCAGUGUUUGAGGUUUAACAAUGUAUUUUCUAUAUAAUAGCCAUAGCUAUACAUGGAGUCUUGGGUUAAAUUGCAAGCUUCUACAUAAAUCUAGGCUUAGUAAACAUACCUUUCUUAAUCCCUUUUAAAUAUCGAUGGAUUCCAAACAAAUAAUGUCAACAUCUUUUUGUGCAUUGGGACCCUAAUUUUAUUUUAAAUAAAACACAAUGUCUUUGACUUUUUUCAGCUGAUUUUAAACGGCAGUUUUAAAAAUAAAGUUUGUGCACUAUCCAACCUAUAAUACUCACUGCUGUAAAACAGCAACAUCUUUGCAAAUUAAUUUCAAUUUAAAUAGGAUAAAUUAGAAAAAUUUAAUUAAAUAUCUAUCUUAUAGUGCCUCUUUCUUAGGGAUAUCUAAAAUGGCCCCUUUUGGAAUGGGCCCUUGCAAGUAUCACAUUUCAUUUUGAUUGAUAAAUCGCUAUAGCCUUGGCCUUGGUGAAUUGUUUUUUUUAAAGAGAUGAGACAUCUUUUAAAAUUUGUAUUUUUCUUUAAUAUUUUUUGGAUGUGCCCAGCUUCAAAAUUGCCUGAAAAGGAGUAGGCCCCUAAUCCAAUGUUUACAAGAGUUUUAUUAUAAUUCUUUCAUUUCAUAGGAGACAAUUUUUCAUUUUGAUUUGUAAUUUAGCUUAGUUUAUCUGAUAUGGCCCUAAAUUUAUGUGCACGCUGAUAAGGUUUUGAAUUUGUUUUAUGCAUACAAACCCGAGGAAAGCUAGGUACACUGGCUAUUAUAUUUUUUUUUUCUUCAAGUUAAAAAAAAAAAAAAAUUAAGAUGACAAAGUGUUUUAUGAAUUUAGUUUUUCGCAAUGCAUAAUUAAAUUCUUUCAUGCUUUCAUUAUUUUUUUGAUAAUUAACAAAUUUUCUAUUUGUUUCACUUUCCAGCUGCUAAUGUCUUAUUGUCAGAGCAGGGUGAUGUCAAAUUGGCAGAUUUUGGUGUUGCAGGUCAACUUACUAGCACAACAAAUAAAAAACAGACUUUUGUUGGUACUCCUUUUUGGAUGGCCCCUGAAGUUAUAAAACAGUCAGCCUAUGACACAAAGGUAUUUUCUAAACUGUUCUAUUCAAAUCUUUCAUCUAAAACACACAUUAGACCUGAAUAAAACAGGUUUUAGUUAAUAAAAUGUGUGCUGAUUAUUCUAUAGAGUUGCUUCAGAUAACAAGUUACCCGUAAUUUCAAUGAGAUUGGUAUUAAUUUGUAUUUUUAUUUUUUUAAUUCUUCCAUAAGCAUAAUCAUGCAGUUUAAGUUAGAUCCUCUUAAGUCAAGUUAUGAUCUGGUGUUUAAAAAAAUAUAAUCUGUAUUUAUUUAACUCCAAUCUAGGCAGACAUUUGGAGUCUUGGUAUAACUGCCAUUGAAUUAGCCAAGGGAGAACCUCCAAAUUCAGAACUCCAUCCCAUGAGAGUACUUUUCUUGAUCCCUAAAAACAAUCCUCCACAACUCACUGGCAACUAUUCUAAACUUUUCAAAGAGUUUGUUGAGCUGUGCUUGAACAAAGACCCCAACAAUGUAAGUACAGAAAGUUUAUUAAAAUAAACUUACAUAAUUAUAAUUAGGUCUGUGCCAUGGAGUUUGACAAUGAUUUUUAUCUCAAACCUUAGAUAUAUCAUUCGAUUUGUCAACUAGUGACAUCACAUUUUGGUUUACUAUAAUAGAUUGGGGGUAAAUCAUGCAUUUUUUUUUUUUUUUUUUUUAAUGCUUUUGGUUGAUUCUUUUUUUUCAAUUUUAUUUUUAUUUUUUUUCUUUUUUUUUUAAUUUUUGAAUUUAACUUAUGCACCCAAAUCUCUCAAGUGUGUUUAUCAAUUAGAACCUAAGUUAUACAACCAAAUCUCUCAAGUGAUUUUUCAUUUUGAACCUAACGUAUAUGAACAAGUCACUCAGGUGUGUUUCUCCAUGUUCCUAUAGCGUCCUCCAGCUAAGGAGUUACUAAAGCAUCCAUUUAUUAGACGAGCUAAGAAGACAGCUUACUUAACAGAGUUGAUAGAUCGGUAUAAAAGGUGGAAGUCUGAGAAAGGACCAGACAGUGACAGUGAUAGUGAUGGGUAAGUAGGAAAAUCAGUUAUAUUUUAGGUGUUUUUGAUUUAUUAAAUAUGACAAGGCGCAUCAAGUACUGUUUGCAACCAUAAAGUUAUUUCUUAGCCUUCAAUUUUAACAAUUUUAAAUUCAUGGCCAGCACCACAAGGCACAUACCCAGAUGACUGCUGGAUUGGGAUAAUGAUGAUGAUGAAUCUCAUGACAAGUAAGGAGAUAGAGGACUAAGUCAUUUUUCAAAAACACUAAGACUUGGGUGACCGUUUAUUUGAUAGUUUGUUGAUUUUAACAACUCUGUGGCAAAGUUUCUCCAGGCUCUGCUGAUAAUAAAGAGCUGAAAUUGGAUCAAAAGCUUGAUCUUUUGGUAUACUAACUACCCGUAGUUUGGCUGAUAAGUCCUCUAUUAACAAUGUGAAAAAUAUUUGGUUAAAAUUAUUACUUAUUGUUACGUACCGCUAUAAUGUGUAGAGAAUUUAAUCUUGUAACAGUGGACUAUACCAUCCGGAUAGCCAACCCGGUCAAACGGAGUGCAUGCGCAGGACCUGUAAAGAGUGUGUGCAUGGUCAGUGUGUUCCGAAGACAAGCAUAGAGUCGAUAUUAUUGAGAACUUGUAUUAUAUAUAUUUAUGUUAAUUUUAUUGUUGGAAAUAAAAAAAUUAAAAAUAUAACAAAUGGUGACCAGUACAAUCCAGUAUAGUAUGCAGUAAGUACUUCGUGAAGAAAUCAAUCGACUAGAAUUAGACUGGUACACGGAUUUCAAGUUACUGAAGACUGAAGGUAUGUACAAAUAAUGGCUGAGUCAACUCUGACCCAUAGGGAAAUAAUCCAAAAGUUGAUACAGCAAAAUGAAGUACUGUUGAAGUCAGCAACAAGGAAUAUGUCUAUUCAGAUGAAAUUUGCGAGUUUCAAUAAUAAUGAAGAAACCUUGACUGUCUAUUAUGCUAGGUAUAUAACUUUUGUUUUGGCAAACAAUAUGCCAAAAGAAAAACCAGCACAAAUUUUCCUGUCCAACCAAACACUGGAACUCCAAAAUGUUGUCAACACUUGUAAAGCAAAGAGACACACCACAAGACUUAAAUCAAUUAACAAUGGAAGAAAUUUAUUUGUUAAUGAUAGACCAGUUUGAUCCAGCAAAAUUUGUUAUCAGAGAAAGAUUUAAGUUGUGGUCGGAUUCCAGUAGAAAGCAGGGGUGGACUGGGCCGCCGGGACACCGGGAAGAUUCCCAAUGGGCCGCUAGGACCGGUGAUAUAAUAAUAAAAAUAAAAGUCAUGAAGAUAGGGCCGCUUUUUGUUUUUUUCCCGGGCCGCUUGAACUCCCCAGUCCACCCCUGGUAGAAAGCCAGGGGAGACAGUUUAAGAAUUUUCAGCACGAAUUAGACAAGAGGCAGCAACAUGUAAUUUUGGUACAGUAAGAAACCCAUUGGAUGAAGCACUAUGGACCAGAUUUUGUGCUCAAUAAAGAAUGAAGCAGUAUUGUAGAUAUUUUUUAGAAUGAAGGACACAGAAUUGACCUUUAAUAAAGCAGUGGAAACAGAAGAGAUAGCUCAGUGUGCAUCUGUCCACCAAGAAAUUCCUGUUAAUAAACUUCAUACCAAAAGAAAUAUUAAACAACAUCAGGCAGCAGAACAAUUUUCUAAAUCUCAAGGGCAUGAUUUUCCUGUUGGAACUUGUGGCAGUUGUGGAGGAAAAGGACAUAAAGGAAAUGUCUGCAAAUAUAGAGACAUGAUAUGCAGCUGUUGCCACAAGAAAGGACAUCUGGAAAGAGUAUGUUUAAGUUUAAGUAAGAAAGAACAUACUCCAAGACAAAAACCUAGUUACCUUAAAAGAAUAAAAAGACAAAAACAGAUCAAAACAGUCCCACCAAUUAUUCAGGAACUUUUUUUGGAAGGAAAGAAAUGUACAUUUGAAAUUGACACAGGAGCUGGAGAAAAUUUUAUGUCAGGUCUGUAUGACGAAUGCUUGGACAGCCAACACUGAGUCCAGUAUCCAUUAAGUAUGAAUCAGCUUCAGGUGACCAACUUAAUGUGUAGGAAGUGUAGAAAUAAACACUGAUACAAGGGAAUCAUUUCUAAACUGUCAUUUGUGGUAGUGAAAGAUCACAAAUAAUAUUUGUUAGGGCGAACUGCCAUAAAAACCUCAAUAUUUAAAUAGACAGCCUUUUUCAAACACAAGUAAAUCAUAUCAGCAAUCAAAACUCAUUGAAUAAAUCUUGUGAGCAAAUCUGCAAUGAAUUCCCUCAACUGUUUGAGCCAGGUCUUGGACUAUUGAAAGACUUUUGAGUUAGAGACUAAGUCAAGCCAAAUUCACAGCCAAUUUAUAUGAAACCUAGAAAGGUUCCUUUCACAAUUAAGGCAGAGCUAGUGGAAGCUUAUGAAGCUGGAAUAUCCUCAGUAGUCUGGAAACCAGUACAGUUCAAUCAAUGGGACACUCCCAUAGUUCCAGUAAGAAAGAAGUCUAUCUCAGGUAAAAAGUCAAAAAUUAGGAUCUGUGGUGACUAUGCAAAAACUGUAAAUCCACAAUUAGAAACAUCUAGUACCCUAUGCCAUUACUGAAAGACCUUAUGAGAACGUUGGCUGGUGGACAUUAUUUCUCAAAAAUUUAACUAGCUGAUGCCUGUAAUCAGAUCAAGCUGGCAAAGGAAACUCAAGAGAAAUUGGCCUUAAGCACACAAAGGUGUAAUGCUGCAAAAAGGUUUACCAUUUGGUAUUACCUCAGCAACAUCAUAUUUCCCCGGAGUAGCAGUGUACAUGAGUGACAUUCUAGUGAGUGAAAAGAAUGAGGAAGAACAUGUAAGCAAUCUUCGUAAGUUAUUAUCCAGAUUGAAUGAAAAUGGAUUAAUGUGCAGGAUGGAAAAUGCAUUUUUGCCCAACAAUCAAUUGAAUAUUUAGGGCAUAAAUUAUUGAGUAAUGGUAAAUCAAAAGGAGCAAAGUAAAUACAGUUAUAUCCAUGCCGGCACCCAAAUAUAUUUCCAGUCUAUGGUCAUUUCUAGGUCAAGUGCAGUUUUAAAACAAAUUCUUACCAGACCUAUCAACUGAACUGAGCCACUGUAUUAUUUAACUAAAAAGAACGUGUCAUGGCACUAGAAAACAGAACAAGAAGAAGCUUUAAGGAAAGUCAAGCAAUUGCUCUCUUCUGAUACUGUCUAAAAUUUCAAAAACUCUCACAGCGCCACAACGCAAAUAUAGCCAGAUUCAGAAGGAAGCACUGUCAAUUAUUUUUGCACUUUCAAAGUUCCCUCAAUAUCUGUAUUGAAGAAAAUUUGUUUUGGUUACCGACUUAUAAGCAUAUUUGGUAAAAGAAAAGGAACACCAGCAAUGGCAGAAAAUUGUUUAGCCAGGUGAGCUUUUACCUUGAGUCAAUAUGACUAUAUCAUUGAAUUCCAUAAGUCAACUGAACAUGGCAAUGCGGAUGCUCUUUGUCGUCUACCCUGCAGGGCCUGUUGACAUUUUCGAUGUUAAAAAAAGUGAAGCAGACAUGGAUUCUGUUUGUAUGAUCAAACAAAUCAGUUUACAGAUCAGACCGACAGGCCCAAGAGUUACUUAAAGAUUCUACUGCUUCUUCAGUAAUGAAGUAUUGUCAAGAGGGCUGGCUGUCCUCUACAAGCAAAGCGCUUUUGGACAAUGAUGCAGCAAAUAUAGCAGCUUUUAUGGCAGCUUUUAUAGCAGCUUUUAAAAAUAUACAAGACUCACUCUAAGUGGAGUCGAAUUGUCUGUUUUAUGGUUCAAGAAUUGUGGUACCUAAAAUACUGCAAAACUCAGGUUCUCCAAAUGCUGCCUACAGGACAUUUUGGAAUCAAGCGGAUGAAACAGUUAGCCAGAUCAUCUGUUACUGGCCAGGGCUUGGUGCUCAAAUCAUGAAGAUGGGUCGAACAUGCCAGGCAUGUGCAGAACACGCCAGAGACCCUAAAAAGCAAGUAUCCACCCAUGGAUGCUGCCAGAAAAACCAUGGAGUAGAGUGCAUAUCAACCAUGCCAUUAACUUUAAUGCAGGGGUCUCAAACUCAAAUCAUCCACGGGCCGCUGGAGGUAGAGUCUGAUGCGACUGGGCCGCAUCAAGUAUUCAACAGAAAAGCGAUUACAAAUUCAAUAAAGCACAACUAUUACAAUGUGCUCAACAUUUAGAAAUAACACAUAAAAACAUUAAGGGUUCUCAAGAACUGGGUUAAACUUUCUUCCUCCUACUCCUGGUUGACAGAGACCUGGCAGCGCUUCUUCUUACACAGCUGAGCAACAUUUGGCUUGAGUGAGGAAGCAACUGUAACCCUAAGUAUAACUUGAAGAUGCUCAUCGGUACAUUUGGCCCUGAACUUUGACCUUUUAAAGUGCGUAGUGGAAAAGAGCUUUUCACACAGAUAUGUACUCCCAAAAAUGGCACAUGAUCCGCUUGAACAACCUGGAAAUCUCAGGGAAGGUGAAGGAAAUGCUCUCUUAAAUUGUCCAUGCUUGUCUGUUUUUCCAUUCACCUCCCUGAACUUAGAAUUGCACUGAAGAUCAAUCAGCUCCGUUUAAAUUGUUGUUUUUUUUAGGGGGGGGGGGGGCAUCUUCCACUUUUUUAAAGGAAAAAGGGUCAGCAAAAAUUUGCUCUGUGUGUUUUGAAGUAAAAAAAAACGUGAUCAAAUUCUUCCUGUAGCUUUGCAAAAUUGUCCAUGCUUUUUUGUUUUUCCAUUCACCUCCCUGAACUUAGAAUUGCACUGAAGAUCAAUCAGCUCCGUUUAAAUUUUUGUUUUUUUUAGGGGGGGGGGGCAUCUUCCACAUUUUUAAAGGAAAAAGGGUCAGCAAAAAUUUGCUCUGUGUGUUUUGAAGUAAAAAAAAACGUGAUCAAAUUCUUCCUGGAGCUUUGCAAUGGCAUCAGUAUACUUACUACUGAAUGGUGUGCCCGAGUCCAUGAGUACUUUGCACGUUGGGAAAUGGCAGAGGUUUCUCUAAGUACCAUAACACAAGUUUGUGCAUAAUGUCCUGACAUUGUCAUAGGCAACACUGACAAGCUACCCCUGGUCUUGUAACGUCUUGUUGAGUACAUUCAGUUCCUCUGUAAUGUCAACAAGAAAAUCCAAGUCCAUGAGCCAUUUGGGAUCACUUAGUACAGGAACUACCACUCCACCCCUCUCAAUGAAGGCUUUAAAUGCUAAAACAUGUUCAUACAUUAGUCAGGAGCAGACAAUAUUUAUGAAUUAUUGAUGCGAAGGAAGAUGCUAUUGUAGGGAAAAUGAAUUAAGAUUUUUUAUCGUAGCAAAGGUCUUUUUGACUAACCCUUUUGAAAGGGACCAAGCUCACAGGCUCGGAAUUUCCUUCACUCGUACACAUUACCAACAAUCUUAAUAGGGAUUCUUUGAUACUGUGUCAGAUUGCUAUGAUUUACACACUUGGGGUUGUGCAUUACCCACUAACUGACUUUAUAAACUUUUUUCAAAACUGCUUUUUGGCAAUGUUUGUCUCAUAAAAUGCAAUUAAAUAAAAACGUUUAGUCCGGCUUUAAAACGUUUUUCACCAUUAUAAUCAACGUCCAAAUCUAUCCAAAUAUAAUACAAAUCAGAAUUAGACUAGCAGGUGAUAUUUGACUGAAACCGUCACGGAGGGUCAAGAUAUAGAAUUGAGAUAGGGAAAACGCAUGGACCACAUUAACAUUAAACUUUGUUGUCAUGUAGCCGGCCGCAAAAUAUCAUCUUUUGGGGCGCAAAUUAUCCGCAAGUUUGAGACCCCUGCUUUAAGCGAUCACAUUGGUUGGUGAUGAUAGAUGCUUAUUUAAAGUUAUUAUUAUUAUUAGUUGUUUUAUAUAGCGCUUUACCCCAGCCUAGGGCUGGGCUCACCAAGCUUGACCUUACAAUUUAACAAACAUAAUCAUGAACUUAAAAAUUAACAUACAUUAAUUAAAUAAAAUAAAACAAAUGUAUAUUCACUCCACCCAUUCCAGAACUAUUUACAUAUCAAGCCAUGGACGGCACCCAGUAGCAUCGUUUAUCGGUCAGAACUCAGUCAGGAUAGUGGAGUUUAAAUAGAUGUGUUUUGAGUGCAGUUUUGAAGGCCUUCAUGGUCGGUAUAUUGCGGACAAGUGCGCUUUCCGUAAGUCUCAAGGCAAACACACGGUAUCGAUAUUUUGCCACUAUCGGAUGAGCGGAGCUCUCUUAGGGGGUACAUAAGGCGUCAUGAGUGCUUUGAGAUAAGAUGGCGCCAGGUCAUGUAAGCAGCGGUGGCACAAAGUUGCAAUUUUGCACUCUAUGCGGAUCGGCAGCCAGUGCAGCUUCCUCAGAAGCGUUUUAGCAUGGUCGAAUUUGCAUUUGCGAAGAAAAAUGCGAACCGCAUUAUUCUGUGCUCUUUGAAUUUUAUCCAGGAGCGUAGCUGGGAGACCCACGAUGAGAGCAUUGCAGUAGUCCAUGCGUGAUAACACAAAUGCAGACAUCAGCCUCUUUGAUGCAUCUAGCGUUAAGAAAGGUCUGGUGUGACUAAUCCUGCGCAGGUCUAGGAAAAUUGCCUUGCAAAGCAUGUUAAUAUGAUUUUCCAUAGUAAGUGUUCUGUCUAAAUAGACACCCAGGUCUCGCGCUGUAUGAGCAAACUCAAUCUGCAUACCUGAGAGAGUAAGUGAUGUUGUGUGUUUUAUAGAUUUUUGUUUCUGAGCAGUGGCAAUGGGGAUCAGCUCAGUCUUUUCAUCAUUCAAUUUGAGCCUGUUUAUGGUCAUCCAGUGCUUAACUGACUCCACUGUCUUCUGUGUCGUACUAAGAAGUUGAGGGAACUGAGAGGGGAUCACGGAUUGAUGAAGUUGUGUAUUGUCCGCGAACAGUGAUACAGCAUGUCAAAUUGCUUGAUCACUGCACCCAGUGGCUGAAAGUACAAAGUGAAAAGCAUCUGGCCUAGGACCGAGCCCUGGGGUACUCCGAUUGCUUCGAGAUCAAGAAUAGACAGGGAGAAGUUCAGUUAGAUUGGAAGGGAAGAACUUCGAGAAAAAGUUGUGGCAGAUAAUAGAGAGUUUGUAGUCAAUCCGUGCUUUCACAGGAAGUCAAUGAAGUAGUGGUGUGACGUGAUCAUGUUUUUAUGCCUUUAGAGCUAGCCUAACAGCUGAGUUUUGAACCUUUCGUAAUUUUUCUAAGAAGUGACAGAUGAGCGUUGCAAUAGUCUAGAGGAGAGAGAACAAGAGCAUAGACUAGGGUUUUUGUUGCGUUGUGAGGUAGUGGCAGAUGGAGCUGAUCUGACGUAUAGCUGUGUAUCCACCGGACAACAUCCACAUCAACCAAAGCCAACGUUGAUCUUCUGGAGGAAGAUGUGGCUAUCCACACACCAUAGUAAGUGAUAAUGCUACUAGCUUCAUCUCUGAAGAAUUUCAUCACUGGUGUAAAGAAAGUGGCAUUGUACAUCUCGCAGGCGUUCCCUCUUAUCCCACUACAAAUGGAGCUGCCGAACGACUGAUUAAAAGUUUCAAGAGUUCACUAAGGAAAUGCAUUACCUUUAAAGGAAUCUCUACAAGGCUUUCUGUGUCAGUAUCGUAAGACACCAUUGGCUAGUGGUAACAUAUAUAUAUAUAUAUGUUAAUGAUUAUGGAUGGAAAUAAAAACAAAACAAAUCUCUUUUUUGAUAUAUUAGCCUUGCUCCUCGCCUUGUAUUAUAAUUGCAAUCUCUGUCUCUCUCUUUGUCUCACAGUCUCUAUCUAGCUCUCUUUCCCUAUGUCGAUCGGCUUAUUUAUAGUUCUUCAUAGAGACUUUUCCAGAUAGGGGCGACUCAAUGUGUCUGUCACUCGACUCGUUGUGUCUGUACCUCAUCAUGUCUUGUAAGUUCAAAAGAAUUUAACUAUAGGUUAUGUUUACAUGUAGUCAAGGGAGACAAUUUAUGAUCACCCCCAGACCCAACUUCGCCAAACUUGGGGUCACCCAGAGUUCAUGCACAGGAUGCACCAUAAACAUGUCCUAAACACAAUGCAAACAAGGCAAGCUUCUACUGUAACACUUCGUUUUUGUCAAAUUGUGCUGAAAAACAAAUUUGAAUAACCAUUAAUUGAGAUUUCACUAAUUUAAAAACUGCUCAUGUAUUUAAAAAAAUGUUUUACCACAACUUAAAAAAACAACUAUUUUGUUUUUUAUUAUAGCUCUGAAAAUAAUAGUGAUGAGGAAGACCUCAAAGACCAGUGGAUUAUGACAAUCAAAGAACAUAAACAUAUGCUACAGAACUCUGAGGUUAGCCUACAUAUUUUUUUUUUUAAUAUAUACAAGUAUUUAUUAUGUUUGUCAAAAAUAAAAGUAACCUGAGUUUUUAUGUCUUUUGUGGAUGCAGCUUUAUCAGAUUCUGGAAAAGCUUUGGUUUAGUUUAUUGCUAAGUUGAGACUAUUAUAUGCCUCAAGUGUAUAGAAAUAAUCCCCUUUAAGUUGAUAAAGCAUCUUUACAUUUUUACAUCACUAAAAUCAAUGGGAUAAUUGAUAGCUUGUUCAAUUAAAUAUAUCUUUUUUUUUUUAUGUAAUCUUUUGUAAAUGGUACAAACAGGUUGGAUUUUUUUUUUUUUUUUAUGGUUUAAUUUUAUUUUUAUUUACUCUGUUCAUUUUUUUUUGAUCAAACAAUUCAUUUUCAAUAGAAACAUAAAAUUUUCUCUUUUUUAGUUUAAAAUAAUUCUCUUUAAGUUGAUAAAGCAUCUUUACAUUUUUACAUCACUAAAAUCAAUGGGAUAAUUUAUAGCUUGUUCAAUUAAAUAUAUCUUUUUUUUUUUAUGUAAUCUUUUGUAAAUGGUACAAACAGGUUGGAUUUUUUUUUUUUUUUUAAGGCUCAAUGUUACUUUUACUUACACUGUUCAUUAUUUAUUGAUCAAACAAUUCAUUUUCAAUAGAAACAUAAAAUCUUCUCUUUUUUAGAUUUUCUUAAAAUGUAUGCAUGUUUGAAAUCUUAAUAAAACUAGCUUCUGUGAAUCCAUAAACAGUAAAAGUUUAUUUCAAUUUUUUGCAUGAAUUUUUCACUUGAAAUAUAUUUCAAAUGUUAAAUAUAAAUUAUCCUCAUUAAACCUUGCUAUUUUAUAGCUUGAUCAGUUUUAAUUUUGUAAGUUUUGUCUUCAUCACCGGUUUAACAAAACUUAUCAGUGAUCACUCGUCUGCUAAGAUCAUGAGGUAGCAUUCUAAGCCUGGAGGAAAAUGAUGUCACUUUCAAUAAAUUGCUUUCAUUCUUAAACAUAAAACACAUGCCACUCUAUUUUAGAAUGGUCCUAAAAAGCAACAAAGCCCUGUCCCAAAGCGGCAGGCCCCCAUAGCCCCUGCUGUUCUGGUAGUAACUCCUUCACAACUGCAUGCAGAAGUUUCCCCUAGCCCGGCAGCAGGCCAAGGGGGUAUUAUGCAGGAUAUGACCAACAACAUAGCACCCGCUGUAGCAUCUGUAAGUCAAAAGUGCUGACAAGAGCCAGUUCCAUUUAUUAGCUUCACAAUGUAUCCAGCUAGUCACCAUUCCCCUCUUUACCAUUCUAUAUUAUACAAUACAAAUUUGAAAGAGCCCCUUAAAAAUUACUGAAAAUUAAGGGUUUCUUAAUCAAAUUAAAGAUCCUACUCACACCUUGGCUUUGUUACCUUUUAGUGUAUGAACAUUUCAUAACCAUUAUGCCAUUUUUAUUUUCAUCUUUUUUAGCAUAAACAAAAAUAGUGGUAGCUUUGCAAUAAGUGCUAUGAAUUAGCAUAUGCUUUUAUUUUGUAGUUCUAUAUGCUACAUGGCUUCUCUAUGCAAAUUUGUAUGUUACAAUAUAAUGGUACUCGGCUACUUUCCCGGACUGCCGUGUUUUCCAGCCUGUUUUAACCCAUGCCUGGCCUUGUUAUGAGUACCAAGAAUUUCCCUGUGACAGCUGGGUGGAAGUAGAAGUCAUAAAAUCAGUAUUUGUAUCCUCAAAAAACUGAAAGGAUCCUCAGAUUGUUUUUAAACAUAAAAUUGUAAUAGUAGAUAUAGGUGGUUAGUUGAAAAUAUUUUAUACUUACCCAUCACUUGCAACUGUCUUCUUGAUUUAAAAGAAAAGACCUGCCAAAGGAAAGAUCACUUUUUUUUUAAAAAACAUUUUUACUUUAAAAUCAAUAUUAAAAGUAAUAACAAACUUUAGCAUUUAACUAUUAGUAUCAACACAUCUUGAUUCAGUGCACACAUAUCUUUUCACAAGGUCACUUGUUAAUUAAUCUGCUUCUUUAACAUGUGGGUAUAGAUGCAUUUUCAGAUUAUUUGUCUUUAAACAUAUAAGUUAAACCAGCGUUUCCCAAACUUUUAAGUUUCACGGACCGGUGGACAAUUUUCGAAACUGCACCAGGGACCGGUGCCACAUUUAUUCAUUACAUUUUCUUUCUAUUUAAACAUCAAUAUUCAUGCUCUCUGAACCGGUAACGUAAGGCUUGUGGACCGAUGCUGGUCCACGGACCACCGUUUGGGGAACGCUGAGUUAAACAAUAUGUCUAUAGAUUUAUAUAAUAUUGACUAUGAGCACCUUCAUCAUCUUAUAUGCUGUGAACUUAGCUGUGGGUGCUCAGAUACUAAACAUGAUUGCAUACAGAUGGGAUAAAUGAUGAAGAAUUCUUUCCAACGAUUGUUACAUUUAAAACAAUAAAGAUUGUGACAAUAAAAAAAAAAUAAGAUGACUUAUAUUUCUAUUUUAUAAAAUAAGUUUAUUAACAAACAUUUCCUUUAAAAAUAAAUUAUAUAUUCCAAAUAAGGUAUAAUAAUGAGAUACAUUUGAAUUCUUUUUUCAAGUGGUUUUGCGUGUGAUGUGAUUUACGUGUAAGUGAUGCUAGUGCCUCUAGGUUGAGCAUCCCUGAAGCACUUUCUGAUCUUAGUCCUUAAUACUAUUUUUAGAAAGAUAAGGAAAAUUUGUUUUAACAGAUUUUCACCAAUUUAUAUAGUAAGUCUCCUAUCAUUGAACAGAUUUAUUUCCCUCAAUCUGUCACAGUGCACCUAUGUAGCGUACUAACAUAAUUAAAAUACAUAACUUUAAAAUAUGGUUCAGUCUUUUGAAUAUUUUAUUCUCUACUAUACACUGAAGCUAAUAUGUUUAGGUGUUUUUCGUUUCCCUCCAAUUAAAAUAGUGUUGGACCUCAUAUACCAGGGUUAAGUUGCUUUAUAGUAUUUUGAAACAAAAAUAUUGAAUUCAAUAGUUUCCUAAAUGUUGACAGAUAAUACAACUAUAAAAUAGAACAAUUGUUGGUGUAUUUUAUAGAGACAAUGUAAAAGAUUAAACAGUUAUCUUUUUGAAAUACUUGUUCUAAAAACUAUGUUUAAAAUUAAAAUUGUCCUUGUGGUUAUCUCUCCUCGGUAAAAUUAGAUAAAAUUGAUAAAUAAAGCCAUAAUCACCAGUUUUUAGUAUACUCAUAAUAUUAAUGAUCAACAUAUCAGUUAUCUUUAUUUAUUUAGUUUACUAAUUGUUUUAAUAUGUAUGUCAUGUAGUUACUUUAUAAUUGAAUUAAAUGUACACUCAUAGAUGCUUUUCUAAAAUUAAAGCACCCCUGAAGUUUUAGGCUUAUUUUAAUAUUAUAAAAAUUCUUUGAUUCAGCUAUUGCUAUGUAAAAAUUAAGGUCUGACUUUUAAACUAUUAUGAUUCCAACUUUGAGGUGUCUCAGUAAUAACUUAAGCCAAAGUAAAGCAUGGCUUUAAAGCUCUUUAUGUGUUUUUAAAGAAGUAUAAAUUUUACCACUCAUUGUUUUUUACCAUUGAUCAAUUUUUUUAACUUUUCUUCCAUGAACAUCAUCACAUGGAUUUACACAGCCUCAGCCUGCACAUCCUGCCCAGACAAGCCCUGCAGCAAUCAUACACACAAAGAGUAACUCAGACUCAGGCUGGACUCGCACCUCAGAAGGACAUGGCAACAACAAUAAUGAUAUUGUAAGUUAGCAGCCUUUUUUUAUUCCACUGAUUUCUUUUCUUUGUUUGCAGGCUCAAUUAGUCCAUUUUGGUUACUAUACUUUUUUUUUUUUUUUUUUUUGAUUGAAGUAAUGAUUGAAAAUUAUGUAUUAACAAACUAUGGGAUGGGGGGGGGGGGCUUUUUUUUUCCCCCCACCCUUUUUUGUUUUUUUGUUUUAUUUUUUUUUUUUUUUUUUUUUUAUUUUUUUCUUUUUGGUUUCUAUACUUUUUUUUUUUUUUUUUUUGAUUGAAGUAAUGAUUGCAAAUGAUGUAAUAACAAACUAUGGGAUGGGAGGGGGGGUCCUUUUUUUUCCCCCCACUCAUUUUUGAUUUUUUGAUUUAAUAAUACUUAUUUCUUCAACUCUGUGCCAAUUUCCUAAACUGACAUUAGUGUCUUUGUUCACUUCCUUUAUAUUACUGUUUCCUUUUGUUGAACUAAAUAACCACCCCUCCACCACCCAGUUGCACUUGUUAGAUCCUCAAGUAGUAGCACUCUGUAGUUGCACUCUUAAGUUGCUUAGUCAUUACCCUUUUACCUCUCUUCCUUGCUCUAAUUUUAACACAAAUAAAGAAAAACAAACUUUUUCUUUUGAAUCAGUUUCCUAAUUUUCUAUUGAAGUUGUCCCAUACAAGGAGAGCAUCCAUUUCUGUAUAAAGAUUAUUUAGCUAGUUUGGGGAGGAAAUAAUUUUUAGGGUCUAACCAAGUUUAAUUCUUGACCACUUAUGACUACCAUCUGUUAAAGGGCUAAAAGCAUCCAACUCCCCUCUACAUCAGAAACUUUUCUUAGGGUUUUAUUUUCCAAUGCAGUAGUGAGUUUCGGGUAAAAUGCAUUAAAUAUAUUGGAAGACUGCUGUUAUUUUCUAAAUCUAUAUCACACUUUUAGAGGCUUCUUCUGUGAAACUGCACAGUUUUGCUUUACUCGUACAUUUAUUAUAUGUUUAACAAGCCUUUGUACCCUGCAUUUUAAUUGAGAAGUUUGUCCAGUUGAACAAAAUGUAAAUGCUACAUCUGUCACAUAGAAAGUUUCAUGGUAAACUGUAAAGCACUUAUUUAUUAGGCGCUAUGGAGAUGUCAGCACUUGAACUGUUAGGCUGAUUGGUCUCUAUAAAAUAUCCAUUUUGCAGGCACCUAAGCAUGUGCGCAGUCGAUCAGAUAACAUUGAGCCAAUAAACCCUAAUGCUAGAUAUGCUCAACAUCCUCAAGUAAGUUUGUACUUUCCAUAUUUACCAUAAGCAUGCCAUUGGAAGGGCUUAUAUGGGUAUACAGUUACUGCCGUAGACUUAGGCUUGAACACAUCUUCAAAAAAUGUAUCUCUUAUUUUCCUAGGUUCACAGUAUUUGAAAAAGUCAUUUUAAAUCACAAUAGUUACCUCAUAUAACUCUUUCUUUUGGUUCCCCACAAAAUAAUCAUUUUAUCUCAUUUAUUUUCCCCCAUUUUGAAACUCAACACAACAUGCAAUCAUUAAUUAGAACUUUAGUAAAGAUUUUUAAACAUUUGACAAGCUGUUUUUGUCUCUGAUUACAUACAGCCCUUAUAUGAAAGGCCAAAAUCUCAGUAUGAUUUGCCAAACUAUGUCAGCCUAAAUAACUUGAAGACAGGUGGUGUCCACAUGGGUAGUGGAGAAAGGCUGCAUGAAAAUCACCAGCAGCAGAGCCCCCAAUAUUCUUACAAACAGCAACAGAAAAGUGAAGAGUCCAUUUACCCGGUCAUACCACCUGCAGUAGUGAGUUUACCAACAAUGAAACAUCAGUCGUUUUUCUCUUCAUUCCAAUGCAUGUGUAUUAUAUUACUCUGCAUGUUUCUUCUAAAACACAGUAACAUUUGUGGAACAACCAUGCUUGACAUGAGAGCACACAAGUUCUCAUGUUAUAUCUCAGUGGCUCACCACUGCUCUUAACGCUAUCUUAAAUCACAAUAUGAUCUGCCUCAGUUCUCAUAUUACAUAAUUUAUUCAAACUUUACAAGUGCUCUAUGGUUUUCUGUUCUGUUUUCAUAUAUCUUUAUUUUUUAAAUUAUUUUUGUUCUCUUCCUUCUACAAGACUUAAAUUUAAAGAAGAAACGUUUGGCUGGUUGUUCUGCUAGACUUGGCUCAGAUUUAUGUAACACCUCAAAAUCAUUAAACAUACUGGGUGUUGGUGCUGGAAUUAUCUAGAACUGCCAACAGCUGUAGAUAAUUACAUGCUUCAUAGAUUGCAUAUUUAUAUAGCAAUCACUAAUUCCAUUUUAAAACUUAUGUAGUAUUCCAUUUGAACACUUUUGUAGCGAACCAUUAAAAAAUCUUAUUACCCUUUUAAGCAUUUAAUAAAUUGAGAAGCAUUAUUAACAGUUUUUAGUAAUUUUAUAUAUACUUUUUGACAUAAUAAGGUUUUAAAAUAGCUGAUCUAGAAAUAACUAUUUUAAAAACGUGUGUGAUAGUAAUUAAUUUUUUAUUAAGUCACCUUCAUUUUAAAAGUCAAAAGAAGUUAAGUAUCUUUCAACUUUGAACAAGGCACUCAUAACAGGUCAUGUAUUUGGCAUAAUUUUUUGUAUGCGCACUUAUUUCCUUGCUAAAUAACAUCUUUACUAACAUUGCAUGGACUAAAUGAAUGUUCUUUAAAAUACUACACCCUUGAAAUUAUGAUUGUUAUCUAAAUAUAUCUUACUAAGCCAUACUUAACCUACAAAUAUAGAUUUUUUUUUUUUUGGAGGCUGUUAUGUUUUCAAUGAUUUUAUUUCAAACAAGUAACAUAAACAUAUAUAUACACAUAAAUACAAGUUCUCAAUCAGGUGUUGACUUUCUGCUUGCGUCCGGAACACGGUUCAUAAACACACACUCUCAACAGUGUCUCUGCGCAUGCGCGCUGUUUCACCUGGCUGGCUAUCGGGGGCGGUCCAGUCCGCUAGUGCACCAUAACACCUCCCCGAACAAUUACAAGUCCAGUAACAAUGGUGCUCGAUGUUGUCUUUGAGAUCUCCUGGGUAUGACAUAGUCUGAAGGUCUUGGCUGACGAGGGUCAAUCUUCUUAGGUGGACUUGGAAUUGCUGGAUGUGUAGACGGUUGAUGACUCAGGGCUGCCUGAGCUGUUGGAUAAAGACUUCCUGUCAUUAUAUCCAAAUUUGGUUCUGAAUCUUCUUCCGCACCAUACCUGGGGCGAAGUUGGUCUAAAUGUCUCUUCCAUGUGGGACCAUUGGGAUAAAUCUUCACCUUGAAAAGACGUGGACCCAUAACUUGGAUGAUUGUAUCGGGAGCCCAUCGUGGUUUAGAAUCUGUUGCUGUUCCAUAUACUCUGACUUAACAUGGAUCUCCCCGGCUAAAUGAUCGACUAGGACUUCUAUUUGUCCCUUUGGGGAUGGCUAUUUCUUUAAGAUUUUGUCCCUGUGCUUGAUGAGCAGGUGAGGGAACUAGAGUAUCAAUAAGUGUUCUUAUUUGCUGAUUGUUUAGCAGUUGGCUAGGUGAUAAUCCACUUGCCAAUGGUGUCCUACAAUACUGACGCAGAAAGUCUUGUAGAGAUUCCUUUAGAGGUAAAGAGGAUUUCUUUAUUGAACUCUUGAAACUUUGAAUCAGUCGUUCUGCUGCUCCAUUCGUAGCUGGAAAAUAGGGAGCGCCUGUGAGAUGUACGAUACCCCUCUCCUUACACCACUGCUGAAAUUCUUCCGAGAUAUAGCUAGUAGCAUUGUCACUGACUAUGGUGUGUGGAUAGCCGAAAUGAGCAAAAUCUUCCUCCAGAAGAUCAAUGGUGGCUUUGGUCGAUGUAGAUUUUGUCCUGUGGAUACACGGAUACUUUGAAUAAGUAUCUAUCAUCACCAACCAAUGUGAUCCCUUAAAGUUAAAAAUAAUAAUAAAGUUUAUUUAAAAAAACACGCUUCAUCCCAAAAGGCUCGAAGCGCGGUACAAAGUAAUAUAAUUUACCACAUUUAAAACAAACGCAACACUACAAAAACUAAUUACAAGCAUACCAAGUCAAAGUCUUUCUACCCAUUUCAACCCUAAGCAACACAGCCAAUAUGCAUUAAAUGGAAGAUAUGGUAUACAAUCAUCCCAGAAGGUGUUUGCGAAAUAGAUGUGUCUUUAAAUCGGUUUUAAAGGACUCCAUGUCAGGUUGUUUCUGAGAUCGACAGGAAGGGCGUUCCAAAUUGUUGGACCAGCAAAUGCGAAAGUGCGCUUUCCGUAAGUCUCAAGGCGAACACGUGGUGUCGAGAGUUUGCCACUAUCGGAUGAGCGGAGUUGUCUAGUGGGUACAUAAGGUGUCAGCAGCUCUUUCAGAUAGGACGGCGCCAGGUCAUGUAAGCAGCGGUAGCACAAUGUUGCGAUUUUGUACUCAAUGCGAGCACGGACCGGCAGCCAAUGCAACUCUCUCAGAAGUGUUUUAGCGUGGUCAAACUUGCGUUUGCGAAGAACAAUGCGAUCCGCAUGGUUGAUGUGUACUCGACUCCAUGGUUUUUCUUGCAACAUCCAUGGGUGGAUAUUUGCUUUGUUUGGGUCUCUGGCAUGUUCUGCACAUGCCUGGCAUGUUCGACCUAUUUCCAUGAUUUGAGCAUCAAGUCCAGGCCAAUAAACAGAUGAUCUUGCUAACUGUUUCAUCGGCUUGAUUCUAAAAUGUCCUGUAUGCAGGAUUUGGAGAACUUGAGCUUGAAGUAUUUUUGGUACCACAAUUUCACGGUGAGUGAGUCUUGAAUAUUUUUAAAAGCUGCAAUAUUAGCUGCAUCCUUGUUCAAGUGCGCUUUGUUUUUAGAGGACGGCCAGCCCUCUUGACAAUAUCUCAUAACUGAAGACACAUUAGAAUCUUUAAGUGACUCUUUAGCUAGGACUCCUGGGUCUGAUCUGUAAACUGAUUUGUUUGAUCAUACAAACAGAAUUCAUGUCUGCUUCACUUUCCUCACCAUCAAAUAUGUCAUCAGGCCCCGAGGGUAGACAACUAAGAGCAUCCGCAUUGCGAUGUUCAGUUGACUACGGGAUUCAAUGAUAUAGUCGUAUUGACUCAAGGUAAGAGCCCAUCUGGCUAAACGAUUUGCUGCCAGUGCUGCUGUUCCUUUUCCUGAACCAAAUAUAUUUAUCAGUGGUUUAUGGUCUGUGACUAAAACAAACUUUCUUCCAUACAAUAUUGAUGGAACUUUGAUAGUGCAAAAAUAAUUGAGAGUGCUUCCUUCUGAAUCUGACUAUAUUUGCAUUGUGUUGCUGUGAGAGUUUUUGAAAUGUUAGCAAUAGGGCGUUCACUGCCAUCAGGAAUACUGUGGAACAGAACACUUCCUAUGCCAACAUUAGAGGCGUCACAGACUAUGGCUAUGUCUAGAGUUGCAUCAUAGUGAGCUAGAACUGUAUCAGAAGAAAGUAAUUGCUUGACUUUCUUAAAAGCUUCUUCUUGUUCUGUGUUAAGAACUUGUUGUAAAACUGCACUUGCCCGUAGACUGGAAAUAUCUGUGGGUGCUGGCAUGGAUAUAACUGCAUCUACUUUGGCUCCUUUUGAUAUGCCAUUGUUUGAUAAUUUAUGCCCUAAAUAUUCAAUUGAUUGCUGGGCAAAAUUGCAUUUUUCCUUCCUGCACUUUAAUCCAUUUUCAUUCAGCCUAUGUAAUAACCUGCAAAGGUUCAUUACAUGGUCUUCCUCAUCCUUUCCACUCACUAGAAUGUUGUCCAUGUACACUGCUACUCCAGGCAAAUCUUGUGUAAGUUUGUCCAUGAUUUCUUGGAAAUAUGCAGGUGCUGAGGUAAUACCAAAUGGUAACCGUGUUUGCAGCAAUACACCUUUAUGUGUGCUUAAUGCCAAUUUCUCUUGGGAUUCUUUAGCCAGCUCGAUCUGGUUAUAAACAGCAGCCAGAUUAUUUUUGAGAAAUAAUGUCCACCGGCUAACUUCCUCAUGAGGUCUUCUGGUAAUGGCAUUUGAUACCUGGGUGUUUCUGUUGAUUUACAGUUUUUGCAUAGUCCCCACAGACCCUUAUUUGUUAAUUUUUUCCUGAGAUAGACUUCUUUCUCACUGGAACUACGGGAGUGCCUUAUUGAUUGAACUGUACUGGUAGCCAGACUCCUGUGGAUAUUCCAGCUUCAUAAGCCUCUGCUAGCUCUGCCUUUACAGCAAAUGGAACAUUUCUAGGUUUCAUAUAAAUGGGUUAUGCAUUUGGCUUGAACAUAAUUUCUAGUUCAAAAUCCUUCAAUAGCCCAAGACCUGGUUCAAACAGCUGCGGUAAUUCCUUACAGAUUAGUUCACAAGCUUGACUCAAUGAGUUUUGAUUACCAAUGUGAUUUAUCUUUGUUUGAAACAGUGUGUCUAUUGAAAUCCUGAGGUUCUUUAUUGCAGUUCUGCCCAACAAAUUUAAGCUGUGGUUUUUCACUACUACAAAUGACAUGUAUCUCAACUCCUCCCAAAACAUCAAAACAUUAAGUAGGUCACCAGAUGCUGACUCAUACUUAACAGAUACUGGGCUCAAUGUGGGUUGUCCCAGCUUUCGCCAAACAGAUUCAGACAUAAAAUUUUCUCCGGCUCCAGUAUUAAUUUCGAAUGCAAACCUCUUUCCUUCUAAAAUGAGUUCUUGAAUAAGGGGCGGGAUAGUUUUUAUUUGGUUUUGCCUUCUUAUUCUUUUUAGAUGAAUCGGUUUCUGUUUUGGAGCAUUCUCUUUCUUAUUUAGACAAACUCUUUCGAGAUGUCCUCUCUUGUGGCAAAAGCGGCAGAUCAUGUCUUGAUACUUGCAGACAUUUCCUUUAUGGCCUCUUACUCCACACCUGCCACAAGUUCCAAUCGGGAAAUCCUGUCUUUGAGAUGGAGAAAAUUUCUUUGCUGUCUGAUGUUGCUUAUUUCUUUUUGUCUGAAUUUUAUUGAUAGGAGUUUCUUCAUGGACUGUUUCUUUGGCACAUUUCGCUGCCUCCUCUGUUUCAACAGCUAUUUCUACUGCCUUGUUAAAUGAUAGUUCCGUGUCCUUCAUCCGAAACAAAAUUUUCAAUACAGCCUCGUUCUUUACAGAGCACAUGAAUCUUGUUCGUAAAGCUUCAUCUAGAGGAUUUUUGAUAUUACUAAACUCACAAGUGGCUGCAUCUUGUCUUAUCCUAGCCGCCAAUUCUUUGAUUGUUUCCCCUGGUUUUCUACUUGAAUCAGACCAAAAUUUGAACCUUUCCCUGAUAACAAAUUUGGUAGGAUCAAACUGAUUCAUCAUUAUCCUAUAUAUUUCUUCCAUGUUCAAAUCAUUUAAAUUUUGUGGUGGUUCUCUUUGUUGUACGAGGGUUGACAACAUUUUAUGCAGCUCUGGCAUUUGGCUAGUUAAAAAAAUUUGUGCCUGCCUUUCCUUUGGCACAUUAUUUGCCAACACGAAGGUCACAUAUCUAGCGUAGUAGUCUGUGAAUGUUUCCUCGUUACUAUUGAAAUUUGUAAACUUCAUAUUAGUAGCCGUAUGACCUAUUGCUAGUUUCAACAGUAGCUCGUUCUGCUGAAUCAGCUUUUGGAUGAUGUCACUUUGGGUCAGAUUUGACUCCCCCAUUGUGUAUGUUUACCUCCUCCGUCACGUGAAGUCACUCAUGUGUAUCAAUCUAUAACUCGGUUGUACUGAGUUUUGUAAUGAGUUAAUACUGACCAUCAUGCGGUGUCGUUGAUACUGGUCGAUAACAUACUGGCUACCAUUUGUUAUGUUUUCAAUGUUUUUAUUUCAAACAAGUAACAUAAACAUAUAUAUACAUAAAUACAAGUUCUCAAUCAGAUGUUGACUUUCUGCUUGCGUCCGGAACACAGUUCUUAAACACACUCUCUCUCAACAGUGUCUCUGCGCAUGCGAGCUGUUUCUCCUGGCUGGCUAUCGGGACGGUCCAGUCCACUAGUGCACCAUAACAGAGGUCUAGCUAGAGAUUUAAGAAAGUUAAAAGACUAAUGUUGUUUACUUGUCAAUUAAUAAAUCUACUAUGCUUCAAUAUUUCAUGAAUGCUAAAUAUAAUUUACCCUCCUAAUCUUGAAAUUAUGGCUGUAUUACUCCUAAAUUUGUGUGUUAAAUAAAGAUAGCAAAUGAAAUCCUUCUCAAAUAAGCUAGUCUAACAUGAUCUCAUAGAUGUUUGCUACAGACUUUCCUAGCUACCAGAAUACCUUGAUGAAACAAUGCAUUUAUAAAUAUAUAGAUUAUACAUAUUUAUUUGCAUUUCAUUCUAAAAUAUAUCUUUUUAAAAGGCCAUAAACAAGCUUUAGAUUUUUAGGCUAAACUAUCAUGUAAACUACUUAUAUUUAAAUAAAUAAUUCUAAACAGUUUCAAAUUCUGAAGAGGUUAACCUCUUCUCAUUUUAUAAUAUUUAGUUAAAGAACAUGGGUAUUUUAUUUAUUUUAUAAAAAGUGAAAAACAUUGCUCCAAGUGUGUGUUGCAUUACAGAUUUGAAUUGUGAUUGCUGAAAAAAAAGGCAUGUACUUUAUUCAGUCUUUUUCAAUGUGAUUUAUUUACAUUGCCAUUAAUGAUUAUAAAAUUAUAGAAAUAUUGUAGGGGUAAGUAACCAACUGAGCUCAAGUAACACACUGACACAAAAAAGAUAAAUGUUUAGUCCACACAAAUGUUUCAGCAUGUUUUAAAUCUUAUAUUCACUCUGUUUGCAGGCUGCCAAACCUGUUAAAAACCGAGCUCCAGAAAGACCUCAAGUGUCUGCAAGCCUUACUACUGCUGUGCAGCCUAUUCUAUCCCAGGUAAUACUAAAGAAAUAAAACAAUAAUCUGGUUUCAAAUUAACGCUUUUGAAUUCAAUUAGCGGUAAAUUAUAUUUUAAAAAAGGAUAAUCAAUAUGAAAAUUGCUAAGCAAAGACAGAACACGUUUUUACUUUUUCUAAAAAUAAUUUAUUCUGUCUUUGGCUUUAUUCUCUUUCUUAUUUUUUAACACACCUUCGACCAAUAUCAUUGUCAAGCCGAUAGUAUAAACUUUAUCAUUUUGAUCUUUAUAAUAAACUAUCACUACUAGCAAUGUUACCCAUUUUAUAACUGUAGAAAAUCAUUUUUUUAAAUUUACAUAGUUCAUAUAUUUUGCACUAUUUCAUUGUAAAAAUUUACUUUAAAUUUAGGAUGUUGAAUUAUUAAUUAUUUAUUUAAAUCGUCUAUUGUAUUAGUUGCAAGAAGAAUACAACAAUGAAUUUCGAAGAAUUGGACGCGCUCUGCCUUUGCUGGAGGUUGUUAGAGAGUUGCAGAAUGCCUUUGACCUGGCUGAGAGGUCAUGCCCCGGCCUCACUGACGACUUUGUUUCUGGGAUUAUGUCACGGUUGCUUGUAUCUCCAUCAUCCCCUUCAUCACAGUUUCGGGGCAUUGACAUCAGAAGUGUUGUGGAGAAAAUUAAAAGGUAAAUAAAAGAUGACAGAACUUUUAUCUGUUUCACUUAAGGACAUAGUUUGGGCAAACCUAGGAAUUAUUUUCCACGUUCUGUCGAAUUAUCAAAUUUUGCAUAUUUGUUAGGCACUACUAUGCUAUCACAACUUUUUUAUUUUUCAUCAGAAAAUGUUAGGUUUGGUAUGGAAUUAAAGAGGAAUGUAUGCCCUUUACAGACAAACCAGACCUGGGUUUCAAUUUUAAUAUAUAAAUGUGAUUAUGAUUUAAGGAAAAUAAAAAUGUAAAAACUUACCGUUUACAAAACACUCAUUCCAAGUCACACGAAGAGAAAUAUAUAAUCCAAAGUUUAACAAAAAUAGGUUUUUUUUCUGAACUAUAUCCAAAUGUGCAUCACAAAUAAUAAAGAUCAACUUGAAAAAAAGAAAAAAUUAAACACCAUUGUCCCUGUCACGCUCAAAAUUUGUGAAAAAAAUGUAACUAGUUCCACUGGAAACAAUUUGUUGCUAUUAUAAAAUAUUUGCACUGUAUUCUUGUAUGUACUAACAUUUAUUAUGGUAAAUGGAAAAUUUACCAUAAAUUUGUCAUAUCUUUUCAUCUGGGUUUAGCUAUUUAUGGUAAGCCUAAAAACAAUUUAUAUGGAUGUGCACUUUAGCUGGGGGCGGGGCUGGUUGUUUAUCGGCUGAUGAAUUACAAAUUUAUUUCGUCACUAGUACUACUAAUACGAGUACUAGGAUUAUAAUCAUACGAUUUAACAGAAUCAGCCUCUGCAUUUGAAAUCAUAAAAUCAUCGAGUAAUAUUUUCAACCUUUAUUAGAUCGAUCACCUGAUGGGUCAAGUCAAGAUUUCAUGUUCGUAAACAAAAAUAAAAUGGACAAUCAAAACGACCGCCGCUUCAGACACUUCGUUCUAUGUAAAACUCAUUUCAACACAGAAAAACCGGUGUUUAUCCAAAGGAAAAUCAUUCUAGAAUUGAUUUAAAAUAAUUAAAAACCAAUAGCUAAGGAAAUAACCGAAAUAAACAGGAUGUUAUACAUUAUAUACUCCAAAAUCUUCAUUUCAAAUCGACAAUGGGAGCGUUGAUCAGGAGUAAAAGAGUUAAAUCCAGUGAUUAAUUUGUGUAAAUAAAACAGUGCAUAUAAGGUUAAGUUUUCAUACGACAAAAUACAAAUUCAACAUUUAGGGUGAUCCAUCAGUACAACCAGUACCAUUAAUUAAAGUAAAUUUCACGUAAUAUACUUAUUAUACCUGUACACAUUUUUAAAAAGGAAAGAAAAGAAAGAGAAUGGGCACAAGUCAAAAGAUAAUCAUUAGAAUGGAAAUAAAGUGGGUGGAAGUUACAAUAUAAAAAUCAUAUAGGAAAAGACUCAAAAGAUAAUUAAAAUUGUGGAUAUGCCAAAUCUUUUAAUUAAUUUAUUCUCCAUAUAGAUCUUAUCAGGUGUAUUACUCCUUUUUUGUACACAAAUUGAUUGUGUGGCAUGAAUCUAAUUAAAAACAUUAUUGCAUGCAGUUAAACCCUCUUAUCACUUCUAUGCCAUGAUGGAGCCUUUGUGCAAUUGCAACUACAAUUAACACUGCAAGACAAUAAUGGAUUUCUUCCUCAUUUUUUUUCAACAGGUCAUAGGAGCUAAGAAUAUGGUUUCAAGCAUUUAGUUCAGUUUUUGAAGUUUUGAAGGUUGCAAGAAGGAUAGGAGGUAACCCAAAAUGUGACCUGGCUGUUUAACUGUCACCGAGGCAAAUGAUAUUUUUAAGCCUCUUAUGAUAAAAGCAUUUUUUAACAGUUAAUUUGCAUGUGUGUUUGCAAGUGCAUGGAAGUAGUGUGUUGAUAAAAAAAUAGUUCCUUUUUUUUCCCAAUAUUGUGAUAAUUUUAUGACUAUAUAUCAAUAUCUUCCUUACAAUGCAACACCAAAUGACUGAAUUUUUUUCGUCCCCUUAUGCGCUAUCAUUUGUACCAAUGGUUUGACUGUUAUUUUGACCCUCUGGUUGAUAUGUUUCCAGGAGUACUGAACAGUAAUUUCCCCAUUAAUAAUUGCGAUUCAUUUGCGUUGGCAUGUAGAAAAUACAACAGAAUAUUUUCUCUUUUAAGUCAUAAAAAGAGGAAUAUCAUUUUAUUUUCUGUGGAUACACUCUACCACAAAAAAUAGCUCAGCAGGUUCAAGUAUUAAAAAAUCCAAUUUUUCUCAUUUCUUAAAUUUUAACUUUUCAUCUGUUUUCCUUAUAAAGAUCUAUAAAAUAUAAGUCUGUUUACCUUUCCAGGGGAGAAAAAGCAUGGCAAUUUGCUGCCAAUGCAGAUUAUUCUUUAGCUUAUGUUGAAAACUUUUAAGUUUUAAUGUUUAUAACCUUGAAAUGGGUUCAUAGAUUUUGCCAGAAUUACAUUUCAUUCCUUGAGAGUGAAAAUAAGCCCACUAUGUGCACUUCACAAAGAUUGAACAAAGAGCAUGCUCAGUGCAGUAUCCAGGUCCCUUGAUGCCAUUCUUCUAUUUUAAAGUACUAUUUUCAUGUAAGAAUGUCUCAAUGUUAAUAAUUGUAGGAAAGAGAUCUGUCCUCCAAGUUGGUGUCAUAUUUUUAACAAAAACUCUCUUCUGAUUAAUUGCUAAAUUGAUGUGUUUUUUCACUGAUUUUUAAUGAAUCACUUAGCAGCGAACUACCUAUAAUUAAUAGAGUAGGUAGUGAACAUUUUGAUUGUAUUUUUUUUUUUUUAAAUAAUUUUUUUUUCUCUCUCCC